CUUAGCGCAUACAGGGACUUGUACGAGGGCGUCGAUCUGCUAACCCGGCUAGGCUUUAAAGUCUACUACGUAAUAUGAGCCAGUCGGCACAGAGCCUCAUUAGGUUGGCGUUUGGGGUCGCCAAAGGGCAGCAACACAUCCAGCAAGCGAAACGUCUGUUUGGGGCAGCAGCAGAACUUCGGCGAGGAGGGCCUGUGCCAGAUGGCCACCUAAAUUCGGACCUCAGCCCAACCGUAUGUCACAUCGGGCUAGGCAGGCGCCGGGACCUGACAUUGCGACAGGAUCUACGCUUGUGGCAGGGCGACAAGCAGCUUACGCUGGCGGAGGUCUUCAAGGGCAAGAAUGUCGUCCUCGUGGGCUUCCCAGGUGGCCCAGUCUGCGUUGAGCAGCACAUCCCCGGCUACAUCGCCCAGUCUGAGAAGCUGGGCAGCAUGGGGGUGGACAAGGUGCUGUGUGUGACGGUGGACCUGCCCGAGCAGGUGGCUGGGCUGGCUGCCAAGCUGGGCCUGGGGAGCGGCAGCAAGGUGGAGUUGCUGGCGGACCGCAAUGGAGGCGUGGUGCGGCUGCUGGGGCUGGAGAUGGGCAGCCCGGAGGCAGCGGCGGGACCCAAGUGCCAGCGAUAUGCGGGGGUGGUGGAGGACGGAGUGCUGCUGAAGCUGCGCGUCGAAUCUACGCCGGCGGAUCUCAAGGUCACGGAUGCGAAAAGCAUGAUCGAGCUGUGGAAGUGCAUUUACCCUAACGCGUGCAAAUAAGGGACAGCGCGCAGCUGUGAAUUGUAUAUUGCGUUCUGUGAGCCCGGGAUUAGUGGAAUUGGAAUGUCAUGACGGGCAGGAGAGAGUACUGCUUUUGUGAACAACAGUUUUGGACGAGCCUCUGUGUUUGGCUCCCAUGUUGACACGCCUAUGUAGAAUAGUUUUGAGGGAUUUGAACUAUGCUUAAUGCAGGCUUUAAUGUGCUACAAACUGUUAGCUGUCUUCCUUUCGACUUUUCGCAUGACUUGCCGAUAGAUCAGGCCUAGCAAGGCAGACACAUGUACGUUAGUUACAUUUGAUUUUGUGUAAAUGGAGUAGAAAUUCCUCAAUGAUACACAGCCCGAUGCUCCUGCACUUCAUACGGCUCCUACCCGUGUUAUACAUAUGCAGCUUAUGUACAUACUCAUCGCAGGCUCUAACAGAUAGGCAAAAUGCGUUUGAGACAUGGUCGGAGAAAGCAGGCUGCCGUGACAGCGACUCUUCGUGCCAGGAUUGGGCCAACAUCGGCGAGUGUGACAAAAACCCAAAAUUCAUGAAAGCGAGCUGCCCCCUGGCGUGCAAGCUUUGUCAGGCUCCUGAGAUUGAUCCGCGAAGCUAUGUAGGCGAGACCCUUGUGCUCAACUGCUCGCUGGGCCAGAUCCGCAUCCUGCCGUACUUUGACCGCGCCCCGCUGACCGCCGCGCUGGUUCUGGAGCUAGCCCACCAGCACCACCAGCAGGGGGGAGGGGGCUCCGAAACCGCGUGCAGAGGCUGUAACUUCUACCGGAAUGAGGC